CCUUUGCAGCAGUAUAUUCUCUUCUUGUUAGUUCGUUUUUUUUUCUUUUUUUUUUUUUUUUUAAAUUAUGCUCUCGAACAGCAUCGAAGUAUGUUUGUUAAUUAUAUUUAAUUCAAAUUCAAAACGUCAAACCGUUUUCGAUAGAAAAUUUAAUUUAUUUUAUAGAAAAGCGAUGUGAAUUUAUUUUAUGAGAAUCAUAAGAAUAUAAUUUUGUUUGAUUUUCAAAGGUAUUAAACUAGAAUUGAGCGAUAUAAUUUAACGCUCGAUAUCGAUCCAUCGAAGCUCGCCGUAGUUUCGACCUUAUCACACAUGUAACACCAUUAUUAAACGCAUCGAAUUUCGCGGCUGUACGCUCUCCGCCACACCACACUGCUACCAACAAUAUUACCAACACCACCAUCAUCUCUAUCCCCCGCCACUACACUACCACCACCAUACCACCACCAUCAUCAUCAUCAUCAUCAUCAUCAUCAUCAUCAUCAUCAUCAUCAUCAUCAUCAUCAUCAUCAUCAUUAUCAUUAUCAUUUUUUCUCGCUGCCGUGAACAUAGCGAAAAACAUCGCUCAAGCCUAGCAGAGAGCGAGCAUACGGCUGAAUAACUAAAUCCCAUCGGAGUGAAUGUCACUUUGGCGCAAAGUAUAGUGACGCGCGAGUGAGCGCGCGCAUUUAUAUACGAUCGUGUAUGUAUAUGCGCGCACCCGUGCGUAUAUACCUAUCUCUACCUACCUAUUUAUCUAUCUAUUUAUCCUACCUACAUACGUAUGUAACGUAUUGCGCGCGCACAUAUAUUUACGUGAAACAAUCCUAUGCUUUCCGUGGAUAUGUACGUGCAUGUGUAAAUCGUCAUGUAUAUUCCGGUACGACGACGCAAUGAAUUUGUGAGGUUAGAUUUUAAGCUCAUGUCUGUGAUACGUCCGUUUCCCUCGAAACGUGAAAAGUGAGAUUUCAUCUUAUCAAAGGGAUUAUAAAAACCCUCCCCUAUGUGAUUUGCAAUGAAACGCGUUCGCGGGCUGGACGAGGUAGCGUCACCAGCAGCAACGUUAAAACCCUCGUCGGUGAGCGGAGGAAGUGGUCUAAGCGGUGGUGGAGGUUUAGAGUAUCACUCAAGUAGCGGAAUAGGCGUUGUUGUACCUGGUCAAGCUGUUCGAUCUGUUACUUCAAAGGAAAUGCCGGGAAGUAUACAAUUUGGUACCGCCCAAGCUCAACAGCAGUAUACCGGUGCGAUCGUUGUACCAACGGCUACACCAUCCCCUAUUAAAGGAACUGGAUCUACAGGAGGGCUUAAUUCUACAUGUAGUGGUACUAAUGUAAAUACUGGUGGUGGGUUGCACGGUGGAAUAAGUAGUGGAAGUAAUCACAAUAUGGGCUCUCAGCAACCUACAACAGGAUCGCAAACACAAGUUCACACGCAACAGCAGGCAGCAAUAAGGCACAAGGUACAUUCGAGCAAUGUAGCGCCAUUGGCAUCUACACCUCCAGGUCCUGGAUUAGGCAGUGGGAGUGGAUCUCAACAAUUUCAAAGAUUAAAAGUUGAAGAUGCAUUAUCUUAUUUGGAUCAAGUGAAGUACAAAUUCAGUGAUCAACCACAGGUUUAUAAUGAUUUCUUGGAUAUCAUGAAAGAAUUCAAAUCUCAGAGUAUUGAUACCCCAGGUGUUAUUACACGAGUGAGCCAUUUAUUUAAGGGACACCCUGAACUCAUUGUUGGUUUCAAUACUUUUCUACCACCAGGCUACAAAAUAGAGGUACAAGCAAAUGAGCAAGGGUAUGCAUUCCAAGUAUCAGUUAGUAUGCCUAGUCCAACUGCUACUCAUACAGCAACGUUAUCGCAACAUCAUUGUACGGUGAAUGUUGGUUCACCACCUGUAGCAAGUCCGCCAACACAACCAGCAAAAGCACCACCAGUUUUGCAAAUAAUGCAAGGAUCUGGAAGCAUACAUCAUGCCUUAACAAAUAAUAUUUCCAAUAGUAGUAUAACGGUUCAUGCACCGUCACCGCCACCUAUUCAAGCCUACAACAAUUCUCAUGUUAGUGCUGCACAAGCUCAGGCAGUAAGUCAAGCUCUUAGUCAAGCUCAAGAUGGUAUUCCAACUAGUGGUCAAACGCAACAAAGUCAACCUGUGGAAUUUAAUCAUGCUAUUAACUAUGUUAAUAAAAUAAAGAAUCGCUUUCAAGGACAACCAGAUAAAUACAAAAGGUUCCUAGAGAUACUACAUACUUAUCAAAAAGAACAACGCAAUUUGAAAGAAUCAGGACAUAUAAGUGGUACAAGUGGUGGUAGCGCUGCUAGUAACGUAAAACAUUUAACAGAAGCUGAGGUUUAUAGUCAGGUUGCUAAAUUGUUUGAAAACCAAGAAGAUUUACUUGCUGAAUUUGGUCAAUUUUUACCGGAUGCAACUAAUCAGCAGAGUUCGUUGGUGAGUCCUGUGAUCGAAAGAUGCAUGCUAUAUAAUUCUGCUAUGUUUCAGAGUAACAAGACUGCUCCAGUAAAUGAUCAUACAGCAAUAAUAAAGAAACCAUUGAGUCUUAAGGCGACUUAUAACAAUUCUGCUAAUGUUUCACGAGAUCUUCGGGAAUCAAGUGGCACUUGUAUAUUGGAGCGUGAUAGCAGAGAUCACAGGGAUCGUGAUCGUGAGAGGGAUAGGCCAGGUGUUCGAGAAAUCAGUACUGGUCAAAAAUUGGGUCACAGUACAGGACAGCUAAAAAGAAGUCCAUCAUUCUCUACUUCUGUUACUGGUGGCAAUUCUCAUAUUCAACAUGGACCACCUCCAUUAAAAAAACACAAAGUAACAUCAAUGCGAGAUGUUACUAUAGCAGAAGCUGGAAAAUAUGGUACAUUGAAUGACUAUGCAUUUUUUGAUAAGGUUCGUAAGGCUUUGAAGUCACAAGAGGUUUAUGAAAACUUUCUUCGGUGUCUUGUACUUUUUAACCAGGAAAUUGUUUCUAAAUCAGAAUUGUUACAAUUAGUUACACCAUUUCUCGGUCGUUUUCCGGAACUUUUACGUUGGUUUAAAGAUUUUCUUGGUCAUUUAUCUGAUUCUUCCAAUACGUCAGCAAAUAAUACAGGAAGUAGUAUAGGAGUCGAAGCACUUCCAAAUAAUGUAGCGCGUGGUCACCAAGAACGACCUCAGGGUGACUUGGCAAUGGAAAUUGAUUAUACAGCAUGUAAGCGAUUAGGAGCUUCGUAUUGUGCUUUGCCUAAGUCUUAUGUACAACCAAAAUGUACUGGUAGAACGCAAUUGUGCAAAGAAGUUUUAAAUGAUACAUGGGUAUCAUUCCCAACUUGGUCAGAGGAUAGUACAUUUGUUACAUCGAGAAAAACACAAUAUGAGGAAUUUAUUUAUCGUUGUGAAGAUGAACGAUUUGAGUUAGAUGGCGUGAUAGAAACUAAUGCAUCAACUAUUAGAGUAUUAGAAGGUGUUCAUAAAAAAAUGAAUAGAAUGAGCCAAGAAGAACUUCAAAAAUUUAAACUCGAUGAUUGUCUUGGAGGUUGUUCUCCCACAAUACAUCAACGAGCAUUAAAAAGGAUAUACGGAGAUAAAGCUGCUGAUAUUAUAGAAGGUCUUAAAAAAAAUCCUGUAGUUGCAGUUCCAGUCGUUUUACGACGCUUGAAGAGUAAAGAAGAGGAAUGGCGAGAAGCUCAGAAAGGUUUUAAUAAAAUUUGGAGAGAACAAAAUGAGAAGUACUAUUUGAAAUCUUUAGAUCACCAAGGUAUUAAUUUUAAACAAAAUGAUGUGAAAGCUUUAAGAUCCAAAAGUCUAUUCAAUGAAAUUGAAACUUUAUAUGAUGAGAGACAUGAACAGGUAGACGAUGGAAGCGGUGAUAAUCAAGGAAAUAGUGGUCCACAUUUAGUGUUACCUUAUAAAGACAAAUCUGUCUUAGAUGAUGCAGCAAAUUUAUUGAUACAUCAUGUAAAACGACAAACUGCUAUUCAUAAAGAAGAUAAACAGCGUAUAAAGCUUUUACUUAAGCAUUUUAUACCAGAUCUCUUUUUUCACCCACGCCAAGAGCUUAGCGAUGAUGAGAGAGAUGAAGAUGAUGACAAAGAGGAUGUGGGUGUGGCAGCAUGUAGUAAUUCUCAAUCUGUAACCAUGUCUACAUCGCCACAUGGCGGUCUUCAAGCAAAUAGGAGUAAGGCCCCACUUUCCCCAGUCCUGUCUUCCACUUCAGUUAAAGUCGAACCUGAUAUCAAAAUACCUAUGCAUGCCCUGUCAAAUGAUCCUGAAGAGGCAUAUACUCUUUUCAUGGGCAGUAAUAAUUGGUACCUCUUUUUGAGGUUACAUCACAUCCUCUGUGAAAGAUUAACUAAGAUGUAUGAGAGAGCGGUAGCCCUUGCAGAAGAAGAGUCUAGAUACAAACAGCAACGUAAGGAGAGUACUGCUGUGGCUCUCAGGUUAAAACCAAAAAAUGAAAUAGAAAUUGAGGAUUACUAUCCUGCCUUUUUGGAUAUGGUGAAAAAUGUUUUGGAUGGAAAUAUGGAGAGUACAGCGUAUGAAGAUACCUUGCGUGAAAUGUUUGGUAUACAUGCAUAUAUUGCCUUUACUUUGGACAAAGUUGUGACAUAUGCUGUGAGACAAUUGCAGCAUUUAGUGUCUGAUCCUAUAUGCCAGCAAUGUAUGGAGUUAUUUCAAAGAGAACAACGUCAGCCAAAAGAAAGUAGUGGAGCUGGUGGAUUAUGUGUUACAGCUUAUAUGAGGCUUGGUGCAGAGCUUUCAUAUCAACGUAAGGCAGAAAAAGCAAUGGCUGAUGAAAAUUGUUUCAAAAUAUAUAUAUAUAAAAAGGAUUGUAAAAUGACAAUGGAACUGUUGGAUACAGAGGGUGAUGAAGCAAUGGACAGUGGUUGUAGAGAAAGAGAAAGAGAAGGAGUUAUGGUAUCUGAGAAAUGGUCAACAUAUGUGGAGAGGUUCUCUGCUCCGCCUGGUCAAACUAGCCCGAAAGACACUUCUGCUGUGGUAGACAAUGAGCCAACGACCAAUCAUCCUGUGAGUAGUGACCAGGCAGCAAGGGGGGUUCGGGGCAGAAAGCGCAAGAACACUGACAUUAGCAAGAAGAUGGAUGGACAUAGUUGGAAUUCUUUAAGCAGAAUCUUGGCAGGACGGAAACCAGUAUUUUUGUAUCGUAAUGUCAGGCAAUGGCGUAAGAGAGCUGCAAAAUUAAUGAGGGCAUCUAUGCCUAAUACUAAUCAUCCAGAAAAAGCUUCGGAUGUAUCCAAUAAAGAUAAAGCAUUGGAUAGUGUCAGUGCACUUUUAAAAAGGCCAUCAGGCUUAAGGUUGACAGAUACUGGUGACACAUCUGAAAUUAUUGCUGCUGAUGAAACACAAUGUCGUUUUAAUCCAAAUAGUUAUCAGAUGCUUUAUGUUGCUAGUAAAGAGGCUUUCCUUUAUAAACAAAAUUCUUUUAGUCGUGCUAGAGAGUGUCAUCCAGCAGUGACAAAACAUUUAAAUUCGAAAUUUCAUCAUUGGCUUUCAUCGUGGGCAUCUAAAAAUGUCGCAGAUGUUCAACAUCGAUUGUGUCAAGAUUGGUUAAUGGGGCGAUAUGAGAACUUGAUCCCUCAUAGAACACGUGUUAUUACGGACAAUGAUCAAACGCGAUCACCAUAUCGACAGUAUAAUCGGUAUCGCGUUGAACGUUUACAGUCGGACGUUCUUACAGAAUCAUGUGUGUAAUUUCAUUAUUUUUCCGUUUCUUUUGCGAUUAUCUGUUAUUUUAACACAACUAAAUUAGACAACAUUUCAUAUUAAUUCAUAUUAAUUUGAUAUCAAUGUACAUUCUGUUCCAUUAUCGAAUGAUUAAGUGAAUCGAUACAUUUAAUUCUGUGUAUUGUAUAUGGAUCUCGAAAUAUCUUUGGCCUCGCGUUUAUGUAUCCAGCCAAAUAUUUUUAUUUUCACUAUGAAAACGAUAUUCAAUAUCAGUUAUGGGAACUUUUCUUCGAUUAUUGUAUGAAAUUAUAACGAAGGAUGUAUUUAACUGAUUAUUGACUUUAUUCCAGGUAUUAUAAUUUACCAGCUUUAACAUUUGUGAUAGAUUUAUGUCUUCUUUUUUUUUUUCUUUUCUUUUUUUCUUUUUUUCUAUACGUGUUAUAUGUAAUUAGAAAUAUCACACAUUGUCAUCAUCCGUGUAUAUCAUUUAUUUCAAAAUAAUAUUCUAAUAAUAUUUUAUUAUUAACGAAAGCAACCUCGAAUGACAAAAUAAUCUUCAGUGUGUAUAUUCUAUAUCGAAACGUAUGAAAGAGUUGACAACUUAAUUCAUAAAUUAUGUAUAAACAAAAUUCUAAAAGAUAAUUUAAUAAGACUCUUUAAAAUAUUCUAAUGAUUUCAAUUUUCGUACAUUUCUUUCCAAAUGUAUUGUGAAAGCAUUAUGUUUAAAUGAAUUUUGAUCAAUCAAAUUAAAUAAUAAUUUUGUAUUCAUUUUAUAUAUCAUUGUAUGUAUAUAAUGUUUUGGUUUUUCAUAAUGUUCUUCAUAGAAGCAUAAAAUUUUUCGUAGAAAAAAAAUUUACGAAUAAUUAAAUUCUUUGAAAUUCAUCUAAAGAAACGUAUUAACAACAUAAGUAAAUAUCCUUCGUUAUAUUUUAUAUGUCUAAAGGCCUUAUAAAUAUUCUCUUUAAUAUGUCCAACAACUUAUUUUCCUUCUCUUUUUUCCUUAUCAAUUUUUUUUUGUUUCCUAAGACACACAGAUUGAUCUUAAUUUGCCUAACUGUACCAUGUAUGUACAUAUUUGUACAUAUGUGUAUAUGCACGGAUAUUUCAGACGCGAUUAAAUACCGUUGUAUUUUUGUAUAAUACGUCCAAGCACUAUUCUAUAAAUUUUCACACAAAACGUUACAUUGUAUUUGAAUGCGAGAAGAGUUUCAUAAAAGUGCAAUGAAUGCAUCGUUGCAGGAGAGUGAAUCUUCUUUAAUUCUCAACGAUAAAUUUACGAAUAAAAUAGAGGAAUGAAGUUGAAGGAGUGCUUUAUUUGUCAUAUGCAAUAUUUUAAGAUUUAUGUGUGAUUUUUAAAAAGAUACUUACUGCACUUAACGCAUGUAUAUAUACUGAGUGAUUCCAAAGUCAAAUGAUUUCGCACUAGUGUUAUAUUAAACGUUUAUUAAUUAAAAAAGAAACCACACACAAAUCUUUUCAAUUAAUUUUAAUUUUGAGUUUGAUCAUUAUAGAAAAUAUACACACAUCAAUGAAAUUGUUGACACUUAUUCAAAAUCAUUUAGUAUGUAUGCAUGUGCUUAUUAUGUAUGUGUGUAUGUGUGCGUCUCGCAUAUGUAUAUAUAAAAAGUAUGUAUAUGUAAAAAGAGGAGACAUGGAUCUCUGGGCCUUAUGAUUUACCUGAUCUUAUUAUAUAAGAACUUUCAGAAGUAUAAGAACAAAAAGAAAAUAUGAAGAUUAAUAAGAAUAUUCAUGUAUUAUGAAAACAAACAACCAAAUAUAAGAGAAAAAAGGAAAGAAAAAGAACAAAAAAGAAAUACAUGUAACACAUCAGAAAUAAAAAUCAGAUAUACACUGUAUUGAUAUAAGCAAUGAACUCGAGUUUUUUGCACACGAAUCACAUGUAACACAAGAAAAGAUUGCUUACAUUUCAUUUUUUCUUCUAAUCUUACCACCACGAUCGUAUAUUUAAUAUAAUGCACGUACGCGAAUGUGUUCGUCGUGUAUGAGAUGAAGAGGAGAAGUAAGAGGAACGUAUGAUCGUGUUUUUAUAUGCUUCCGUAAAAUGUUAUUUUUUUAACAUAUGUUA